GGAUUGCGACCUGGAAUAAUUCAUAAGCACAACUGAAAAAGUCCAACUUGUUUGCUUGACCUGCAGUCUUCCUUCCCUCCGGAAACUACACAGUUUGAGUCCGUACAUCGUCUUCUCAGAGAUAAUAAAUUAGGGUUUUUUUUUUUUUUAAUUUUAACUUAUUUUUUGGUUAAUUUCAAUCUCCGAUUUGGAAUCUCUCUGAUCCUACUCCAAAAAAAAAGGUUAAGCCACCUGAGAUUCAAAUCUAAGACUCUUAAAAUUCGAGGUUUCUAUUAUCGUUUGGCUCGCUCUUUGCUAAUGGAGAAGAGCAGCUCAUUCAACUACAGAACCGCCACCACGUUGGAUAAAGAGCUCCAGUAUUCUUGGAACGGAGAUUUCGGACUCGGCGCCGGUGAUCGGAGAUUGGCGUUCUCUCGCCAAGCCUCGUUCCAGCAACCCCAGGAACCCCACACGCCCAUUUCCAUCCACCACAACCAUAGCCAUAACCAGUCCUCCGCUAAACCUUUCCUUUCGCGUAGCGUCUCUAGCAUUGAUAUUCCUCCAGGGGCUCAUCCCGAGGAUGAGGAUAAUGUGAAAUUUUUCGGGGUGCGAAAAUCUUCGGCCGAGAAAUUAUCGGUUUUGUUGUUCGUGGUUUCGCUGUUUCGGGUUAUAAGGUCUGGGAAUAGGUACAUGAAGAGGUUGUUCUUGUUGAUUUCGCUUAAUGUUGCAUAUUCGACCGCUGAGUUAUUCAUUGGGCUUUUGACGGGUCGUGUAGGUUUGGUGUCCGAUGCAUUUCAUUUAACUUUUGGUUGCGGCCUCUUGACAUUUUCUUUGUUUGCUAUGGCUGUUUCUCGAGAAAAGCCUGAUGGAAUUUACACUUAUGGUUACAAAAGGCUCGAGGUUUUGUCUGCGUUUACCAAUGCUCUGUUUCUGUUGUUUAUGUCAUUCUCCUUGGCUGUGGAAGCACUUCAUGCAUUCAUUGAAGAUGAAUCUGAGCACAAGCAUUACUUGAUUGUUUCGGCAGUGACAAAUCUGCUGGUGAAUCUUAUCGGUGUCUGGUUCUUCAGGAAUUAUGCUCGUAUUAAUCUUGUUUACCGAAAAGCAGAAGAUAUGAACUACCACUCAGUUUGUCUGCAUGUUCUUGCAGAUUCCAUUCGCAGUGCAGGUUUGAUAUUGGCAUCCUGGUUUUUGUCACUUGGGGUUCAGAAUGCUGAAGUUUUGUGUCUCGGACUAGUUUCUGCUGCAGUUUUUAUGCUUGUCAUGCCGCUCUUUAUGGCAACUGGUGGUAUCUUGCUUCAGAUGGCCCCACGUAGCGUUCCACCAUCAGCAUUGAGUAAAUGCUCGAGACAGAUUGCUGCCCGUGAAGAUGUAUCUGAAGUUUCUCAAGCUCGCUUUUGGGAGUUGGUGCCUGGUCAUGUUGUUGGUUCACUCACAAUGCAGGUGAAGAAAGGGAUGGAUGAUAGAUCAAUUUUCCAAUUAAAUACUCGACUAGGCAUUUAAAUGAAGCCUUACGGAAUUGACUCAAACCGGAUGAUUCAGGUGGGUUUUUAUUUUUCGUUUUGUUACGGUUUUUCUGUUUUUUGAAUAUAUUAUUUAAUUUAAGUGAGGGAGAGAGAGCAUAGUGUUUCCAAAAACACAUGGGGCUUGGUGAUUGCAUUUAUUUUUUAAUCUGUCAAAUUGGAGAUGACUGUAUUGUACAACAAAAUGCCCUUACCACGAGAAAAUCUUGCAUGCAACGGUGGUACCAGGUCAGCUGAUACCACUCCAAACUCCUU